AUGGGCUAUUUCCAGUUGCAAGAGCGUCGAGUUCGUUGGGUAUAUCGACCGGCUAAGUUUAUUAACUUCCUUACAUUGAAGUUUAAAUGGUCUUCCAAGUUGGGAGAUAAGACCUUUAAUUGCCAAAGUACACUUAGAUAUAAUUUCGUCAAAAUACCAGAACAGUAUAUGUUGUAUGGCCAAGCUAAUAGCUCUCUCCGAAUUGGGCCCUUCGCUUCUAUUGCCAAAUCAGGACAACCCCUGAAUUCCUUCAAUGACGGCGCUAGUUCAUAUGCAUUCUCCGCAAGAAUAAUCAUCGGAGUAUCUGACCUAAGAUCAACAGAAGAUACAAGGGCGUCGAACAAUAGUUCUCAGGAAGAGCUUCAGCAUUUCCAUGCCUGUGCCUACAAAAGUGCUGUAGAGGCCGCAGAUGACGAUAUCGUAAAGUUGUUUGAAGUUUCUGCUGAGCGAUGCCCAAUUAUUAGUCUGUGUAGAAAUAGCCCACAAUCUGUGGUAUCUCUAGUUAAAGAUUUUCGAGACACGGAUGAGGCUGUUAGAAGUUGUAUGAUACACUGUCGCCUUUUUCGCGACAUGCGAUACGAUUCGUGGAAAUUUAACAUGCGGCUGGCUUAA